CCACACGAGAGUCUGCCUUUGUCCAUGCCAUUGCAUCAGCAGGGGUGGCCUUCGCUGUGACCCGCUCCUGUGCCGAGGGCACGUCCACGAUCUGCGGCUGUGACUCCCACCACAAAGGACCUCCAGGAGAUGGCUGGAAAUGGGGGGGGUGCAGUGAGGAUGCCGACUUCGGCGUGCUGGUGUCCCGGGAAUUCGCAGAUGCCCGAGAGAACCGGCCGGACGCCCGCUCAGCCAUGAACAGACACAACAACGAGGCUGGGAGGACGACCAUCCUGGAUCACAUGCACCUGAAGUGCAAGUGCCACGGUCUCUCGGGAAGCUGCGAGGUCAAGACCUGCUGGUGGGCCCAGCCUGAUUUCCGGGCAAUUGGUGACUACCUGAAGGAUAAAUAUGACAGCGCCUCUGAGAUGGUGGUUGAAAAGCACCGAGAAUCUCGGGGAUGGGUAGAAACUCUGAGGGCCAAGUAUGCUCUUUUCAAGCCACCGACGGAGCGGGAUCUGGUCUACUAUGAGAACUCCCCCAAUUUUUGUGAGCCCAACCCAGAGACAGGCUCCUUUGGGACGAGGGACAGAACAUGCAACGUCACUUCCCAUGGGAUCGAUGGCUGCGACUUGCUGUGCUGCGGUCGUGGCCACAACACCAGGACUGAGAAACGGAAGGAGAAGUGUCACUGCAUCUUCCACUGGUGCUGCUACGUGAGCUGCCAGGAGUGCGUACGCGUCUACGAUGUCCACACCUGCAAGUAA